AUGUCAUUAUCUCAAGACGUUUCCUCUGAAAUUGUUUCGAAUGCACCACAAACAUCACCUUCUCUUCAGAGAUUUGAACGUCAAUUAGGAGGACAUCGCAAAUUAUUAUCCAUAAAUGAUGGUUCUAUGAUUGUUAAGCCAUGUAACGAAAUAGAAAGAGAUUUCUACGAGCUUAGCAUAAUACAUCCUGAUUUUGCCAAAUGGAUGCCCAAAUAUUAUGGAUACUUGCGAUUACAAGGCUUUAAUUCUUCAAUUUUAGAAAGUCAAAGAGAGUGCAUCAAUGAGGAACAAACGGCUGAUACGAGUAGACAGCUUUGGGGCGAUGAUGCUAGUGAAGAAAAAAGAAAAAAAAUGAUUAGAAAAGCAGAAAUAACUACGUCGGGUUCUCUUGGGCUUGCAGUAAUAGCAUUUCAAGUAUUUAAGAAUUCAUCAGAUAGUUAUAUUAACUAUGACAGAGUAUAUGGUAGAAGCCUAACUACCGACACUGUAUAUUCGGGUUUCACCAAUUUUUUCGAUGCAGAUAUACCAACAAAACUACGCCGACUCGUUAUUGAACGGUUCAUAGAAGACCUAGAAUUGUUGGCGGAUGCGUUGAGGAAACAAGAUGUGAGAUUAUUUAGUGCAUCUUUAUUGUUUGCGUACGAAGGAGAUCCAGAUGCUCUUUCAGAGGCUUUAAAUAAAACGAAACAAGAAAAUAACCAGAAAUUAGAAGAAUGUUCGCAAGUUAAAGAUGCUAAAGAGAAGGAUAAUUGGGAGAGGAAAGAGGUAGAGGAUGAGGAGGAUGAGGAGGAUGAAGAGGAUGAGAAUUAUGAGGAGGAUGAUGAGGAUGAAGACAGUGAAUUCGAAGAAUUUAAAGCGACGGAUCUGAGAUUCAUAGAUUUUGCUCACUCUUAUUUUCGAGAAGGUGUUGGAGAAGAUGAAAAUAGUUUAUUUGGUUUAAAUAGUAUAGUGAAAAUCUUAAGUCGAUUGUUGGAUGAAAUAGUUAAAUGUGAUUGA